AUGUGUUUCUUUGAUACAAGUUUUGAAAAAAUUUUGACUACGAACUAUUGCACUGGGUCACUGGGAAAUUCGGUUAGAGUUGCUAUUGUAGGUCAAUUAAUCAAUUUAUGGUGGAAAAAAACAGAUCAGCGAUGGUAUCAAGAAAAAUUUCGACAGAAUGCAAAUUGGGUUUAUGCUUUGACAUUUUUAAUUUCUGGAGGUUUUAUAGUUUAUCUGCUGAAUCAAACCGAAGUCGACGUUUUUACUGGACGUCGGAAAUUUAUGCUGAUUGAUAAAGAUUCAUUAAAAGAGAUUGCAGACUUGCAAACUAAAGCAUUAUUGUAUUUAUAUAAUAAACAAAAAAUUGUAUUAACAAAAGAAGAUCAAAACUACAAAUUAGUACUGGAUGUGAUGUUAAAAUUGUUGAAUGCCAAUGAGAAUCUCUCAAAUGUAGAACAUGAUUGGAGUUUGGUAGUACUAAAAGACUCAUCGGUUAAUGCGUACGUAAUGCCAAAUGGAUUCGUAUUUGUGCACUCAGGUCUUUUGAAUGUAGCAGCCAAUGCUGAUCAGGUAGCAGUGGUAAUUGCUCACGAAUUAGCUCACUGUAUCCAAGAGCACCCAAGAGAAAUGAAUAGUUACAAGUGUUUGGUAAACUUUGUUUUCUUAAUUAUGGCAUUGGUUAUUAAUAUAACUUUACACCUUUCUUCUGCACUAAUGGUAACCAUUGGAUUAUCAAUUUUAUUAGAAGUAUUUAUACUGCUACCUUUGAGUAGAAAAAUUGAGUACGAAGCAGAUCGAGUGGGAAUGAUGUUAGCGGCUAAGGCUUGCGUUGAUGUUCGCGAGGGUGAACGAUUUUGGUUACUUAUAGACUCAUUGUCUCCUAAUAGACCUUUAUGGUGGCUUGAGUCACACCCAAGUCAUCAGUCUCGUGGUGAUCAUCUAAAUAUCCGUUUACCUGAAUUCAUAGAGAUACGGCAGCAAGCUAAAUGCUCUCGUUUAUUAACUAAAAAAUAA